AUGUCACCUACUUCGGUUCUUAAAUGUCAGAAUUCUUCCAAUUGGAAUGACUUUCGUAAACCUAUUGCUAUUAGGUUUGAGGAAGUUAAACUGGCAUAUUCUGCCGGGGACUACACUACUGCCAUCGAGUUUCUUAGUUCAUUAUUGAAUAAUGUUUCUGUGCAAAAAUUUAACUUUGAGUCCAGUAUUUUACGUGAACAUUUGCUCCUGGCGCGAGCAAUCUGUUUUCAACAACUCCGGGAAUUUUGUCAUGUUCUUACUGAUACAACCGAAGUGGUAAAAAGCAUUUCUCAAAAUAAUCAAGGGAACCUUUUGAUAUUUCGACUUUUUGCGCUCUGGCUUCGGAGUCUGGCAUUCGAAUCUUUUAAUAGAUGGGAACAGGCCAAAAACGAUUUGGAAUUACUUAAAUAUUCGAUCUUAAAUAUUAGAAAUAACACCGUUUACGUUGCUGACGAGGCCGUUUAUCACCUUUUACCGAACAUGACUCCGUUAAUUACUUUAUCAAGAAGCAACUCUUUAAAAUUUAACAUUAAUUGUGUCUUGGAUCGACUUCGUCGGAUCAUUGAUCUAGUGACUAAAGAUAUUUCUCGUCGAAACAAUUCGCCACCUUUUCAUUUGAUCGAUCAUGAUGUAUGUGCUUAUAGUGAAUUUGCGAAAAAAUUUUAUUAUCGUUUAAAUCUUCGACGACCUUUACAUCCUAACAUUCAUAUCAAUAUGUGGUAUAGUAUGGAUCUCAUGUUUGUCAGUGAAAUGAAUCUUUUUAAAAAAGAAGAUAUGCGUGGUGUAGAAGGGUAUGCACUAGGAAUUAAAUUAUUGAAGAUUUGUGGUAAUGAAAAUACAAUAGAAAAUUUUAAAGUUCAAGUUAGACCUAUGAGCAUGGAAGCAUGUGAAUGGAGUGGUUUGGCUUUUACUGAAUGGCCUGGUGUACAAGCUGGAGGAAAAGGUGGAUUAGAAUUUAGAGUCAUUCAUGUUGCAAAUGAUUCCAAUUCUCUAAAUGAUGAUUUAAAUUCUCUAAAUGAUGAUUUAGAUACUCUAAAUGAUGAUUUAGAUAAUAAUGUCACACUUUCACCUGUAUCCAAUAAUCAACAAAUCUUCUUAUACGUUUAUCCUACGAAGAUUAUAAAUAAAGUUGAUGGAAAUUUUACAAAUGGAACCAUUCCUAUCGAUAAUGUUAAUAGGAAUGACUCCGAAUUUCGUCUUGUUCCACUUGUCAUUGGCUCAAUUCACCUAAUGACAUGUCAUUCACAUCCCAUUUCUUGUACCAACCAUCAAUCAGUUAAGGUCGGAAAUUAUUCUGAAUCUUCAGAGUCCAUGUCUUCUACAAUUGAAGAUUUAACUUCAGAGUCCAUGUCUUCUACAAUUGAAGAUUUAACUUUGCAGGACUUUUCAGAUUAUUCAUCUGAAUCUUGGUCAUGUAAAUCCAUAGAAUCUAAUAAAAAGAAAUGUUCAUGGAGUAUUGAUGAUUAUCUUAUUCAUAGUUAUCGUGCUUUUAUACUUCCUAAUGAAAAGUAUUUACUCAUUAAAGAAUUAUGGGAUGUUGGCAUUCCUGGAAAAAUUUGGGAUUCAGCGUUCAUUAUGGUUGAAAUAUUUAAAAACAGAAUUUUCAAAGAUCAAAAAUUAUUUUAUGGUAAAAGAGUUUUAGAUUUAUCCACUGGAACAGGAUUUGUUGGACUCUAUUUGGCGGCUUUAGUGGCUAGUUUGCCAAAAUCGGAAAAUUUUGAAAGAAAUGAACCUAAAACCAAUAUGAUAUUAACUGAUCUGGAGCAUGCUUUAGGUCUUAUCCAAACAAAUUAUUCAUUAAAUAAAUAUCUUAUUGAAUCAUCUGAUAGAGUAUUAAUGGAUAUUGAACCUUUAAGAUGGGGCGACUGGAUUGGUGCUAAGAAACUAGGUGUUAUCGAUUAUGUAUUAGCAUCUGACGUGGUCUACGAGCCGGAAUUAUUCGAUGCUUUAAUUCAAACUUUUUUAACUAUUUGUUCACCUAAGAGAACCAAAAUUUACUUGGGAUAUAAAAAAAGAGGUCUUUCCACCAAAGAAGAGAGACAAUUCUUUAAGAAAUUGCAAAACAAAUUUCACGUCACUUCGCUUCAAGACCUGCCAAAUGUCAGUGAUGAAAAAUACUUGCGAACAAAUUUUCCAGAUUCGUCUAAUGAUGGAAUUACGAGUUAUGAAGAAAUACUUAAUGACAUGAAUAAACAAGAUCCUAUUCUUAUUAUAUCACCAAUAAGAUUGACCUGCAGUGAUGGAAAGAUUUGCUACUCAUGGUCUGGCGCAAAAUAA